CCGGGCUCCGGGGCACCGGCGCCCUAGUCCCGCCGCCGUCGCCGCCGCCUCUGCGCCGCCGCUGCCGCGCCGCCGAGGUGGAGGAGGAGAAGGAGGAGGAGGAAGACGCUGCUGCUGCUAGUGUCUGCGCUGGGCACGGGCAGGGGCAGCGCACCGGAGAGACGGCGGGCGGGAGGGUUCCCGCUCCACAGCCAAGCAGCCAGGGCCCGGAGAGGGUCCCCGACAUCAUGUGAUGCAAGAAGAGAGCGCAAAUGAUAUGGAAUGUGUACAGCUGCCAGCAGAGACACUGCGACAAGUGACCAUUCACCGAGACCCUAUUUAUGGCUUUGGCUUCGUGGCCGGCAGUGAGAGGCCUGUGGUGGUUCGAUCUGUGAGGCCAGGAGGCCCCUCUGAGGACAAGCUCCUGGCUGGUGACCAGAUUGUGGCUAUUAAUGAGGAGGACGUGAGUGAAGCCCCCAGGGAGAGGUUCAUAGAACUCAUCAGGAGUGCUAAGGAAGCCAUCGUUCUUACAGUUCUGCACACUCAUCAGUCCCCCAAAUCUGCCUUCAUCAGUGCUGCAAAGAAGGCCAAGCUGAGGUCCAAUCCUGUGAAGGUCCGAUUUUCUGAGCAGGUGGCAGUUGGAGAAACAGAUGCAAAAAUGAUGAAGAAGGAAGCUCUCCUCCUCAUCCCCAAUGUCCUGAAGGUAUUCCUAGAAAACGGGCAGAUCAAGUCAUUCACAUUUGAUGGCCGGACCACUGUUAAGGAUGUGAUGGUGACCUUACAGGACCGUCUCUCCCUGAGGUACAUUGAGCAUUUUGCUCUUGUCCUUGAGUAUAUUGGGCCAGAACAGAAUCACAAAUUCCUGAUUCUCCAAGACAAGCAGCCUCUGGCUUAUGUGGUACAGCGGACACACUAUCAUGGAAUGAAAUGCCUCUUCCGAAUCAGCUUCUUUCCCAAAGACCCCGUGGAGCUGCUGCGUCGGGAUCCUGCUGCUUUCGAGUACCUAUACAUCCAGAGUCGUAAUGAUGUGAUCCGAGAACGCUUUGGAAUGGACCCCAAGCCAGAGAUGCUUUUGGACCUUGCUGCCCUCCACAUCUAUAUCACUGUCUCAGCCACUCGGCCUAGUCAGAAGAUCACACUCAAGAAUGUGGAGAAGGAAUGGGGCCUGGAACCCUUUCUUCCCCCCUCCCUCCUGCAGGGCAUCAAAGAGAAGAACCUUCGGAAAUCUCUCUCUCAACAACUGAAGGCCCACCAAAUGCAUCCUUCUAGCAGCACCAAGGGCUCCGCAAUUCAAGCAAAGCUCCAGUACCUUCGAAUUCUGAAUGAACUUCCGACCUUCACUGGUGUUUUAUUCAACACUGUAGGCCUGGACGAGAAGCAGUCAGCCACCACUCUCCUGGUGGGACCCCGUCACGGCAUCAGCCAUGUUAUUGACCUCAAAACCAACCUCACCACUGUGCUGUCCGAGUUCAGCAAGAUCAGCAAGAUCCAGCUGUUCCGGGAGAACCAAGGCGUGGCCCGAGUGGAGACCAGCAUCAUGGAUGCCAAGCCUCUGGUGCUGUUGAUGGAGUGGCCUGAAGCCACCAACUUUGCCUGCCUGAUUGCGGGGUACUGCCGCCUUCUGCUGGACUCCAGGAAGAUGGUCUUCUCCAGGCCUGCCAGCCAGCCUCUUCCACCUCCUAUGAUAAAGGCAGAUGUUUUUCAAGGAUCCAUCAUGGCAGACAUUGGGAAUACAGCUGGACAUAGCAGCUAUGAUCCUUUUGAUCACAUGCACAGUACCCACCGCCCUGUCACUGGAAGCCACCUGGGGAAAAAGGAGAGUAGUUAUGUGGGCAGCGUGGGCACCAGCCCUAGGAAGUCGAGCCGAUGCACGACCCCGCCUGCCGACUCUGAGCUUGUCAGCUUCUGCUACCUCCACAUGCGGGAACAAAGGAAGGAGCAAGAAAGCAGGACGGAUGUCAACGAGAACCUAAUCUUCUUCGAAGAAACCAGACCCCGGACCAAAUCGGACCCCACAUCCAAAAGCUCUGGCCAAGGUUAUGAGGUGAUUCCCGAUGACUUUGAUGCAGCCAGCCUAGACCAUGAGCCUUGUGCCAGCAGGGCCCGGUCCUACACUUUGGACAAUUCCCUUGGGGCUGAAGCCCUGAAUUUCUACUGUGACUCUUGCAAAGUCAAACUCCAGGAGCAGCUGGGGCCUCGAAAAGGUGGGAGGCCUGGCUCCUCUCGAGACAAUAUGGUAGACUUAAUGUCCCUCCCACCGCCAGGAAGUGAGGAAGAGGAGGAAGAGGAAGAUGAGACAACUUCUCUGUUGCCAGCCAUUGCGGCCCCACCUCCUGGUUUCCGAGACAACAGCUCUGAUGAGGAUGAUCCCAAGCGCAGGGCUGUUCAAAGUCAAGAGCAAGGACGUCACCUGCGUGGGCUCCUGUAUGAUGAGAUUCCAGUGACACUGAUUGACAGCGUACAGACCCGAACAGUACGAGAUCAUGCCCAGGAACUGGAUGAUGCACUGGUGUCUACUCUGCAGGCUCUGGAAGCCCUGGCUGCUUCAGAGGAUGGACCCCACCCCCCACCCCCACAGACUGCAGGUCUGAUUGUGCUGGCCACAAUCACUCCUGAAUCAUCGCUAGACUCGGGCCAUGAAACCAACUCUUCAGAGCUCACAGAUAUGUCGGAAAUGAUGUCGGCCAUGAAGCAGCACCAGAACACCACCUACUUCCUGGCCCAGCACCUCAACAAGGACAGCCUCCUUGCCCGAAAGGACCUGCCCUUCAGGAUCCAGAGCUGUGCAGCUCAGGCUGUUCUCACCGCCCCUUAUGCCCUUGGGCCCCCAGAUCCCAACCCAUCCCUUCAGCCAGCUGUCACUGGCCAGAGUCCUGGCCCCCCUGGCGCUCGGAGAAAGCUGCCUCAGUCAGAAGCCCAGGUGCAGGGAGAGAGAACAUACUCCCUGGCAGUGCACCCAGCACUGUCCCCACAGCUUAGUGAGCAGAAGAAUCUGAGCUUGCUUCCCCCAGUUCCUGAGGACAAAGGCCCAGGUCACACUAGGGCAGGCCUAGAGAUGUCACUGAGGGCAGCCACACCAUCCCUCAGUGAAGAGCAGGUCUCCGAGCUAAGGGAAAACUUGCCCAAGGAAGUCAGGUUGAGCCCUAAGCUUAUCCUGGACCCAAAAGGCAAUGUGACCCCAGCUAUAAUCUCGGCUGCCCUACAGCAGGUAGUACACAGUAAGAGUCUAGCUACUCCUGGCACAGCCUUGGCAACACCCUCCAACAGGGGUGAGAGACGGCUGGAGGCUGGCAUGGGGAGGCCUGAGGUCACCAUGGGCAGGCCAGAAGUUAGCCUGAUGAGCAGCAGCGCCAGCAAGAAUCUGAAGUUUAAAAUGAGCCCUGGUGCUCCGGAGACCACACGGAAUUCUCAGCCGCAGCUGGGCCCCGAGGUCUCUGUCAGCCCCAGAGCAUCCACAAGCCGCCGGGCUGACAACCUCCACCUUUCUCCACAAGAGGACAGGUUUCCUGUUCAGAGCUUCCCUCCUAAGAGCUAUCUAUCCAGAGCGAGUCGAGACUCGGUGGGCAAGCAAGCUACUGGGGAGAUGGCAGGCAAAGGUGGGCUAGAGGGUGCUAAGCCUCCCCCUACCAAGCAGAGCACAGUCUCUGGCCAGGGGGAGAAAGGGCAGCUGGAGAGCACAUCCAAAAGCAGCAAGCUUGAGGAGACCAGCCUGGUCCCCCGAGCCGGCUAUCCCAUGGCUCUGCAGAGCCCAAGCUGCCAGGCUCGAAGCCACAGCCCUAGCUGCCAGGCUCGAAGCCACAGUCCCAGCAGCCAAUCCCGUGGCCCGAGCCCCAGCUGCCAACCUAGAGGCCAGAGCCCACUGAGGCCUCUGGCCACCAGCCGGCAGGUCAGCACCAUGCCCUCUAGGAAGCUUGAAACAACCUUGGAUGGAGCCCACUCAGCCUCUGAAGGCCCCACAAAGCCCAAGUCAUCCCGAGGUCCUUUCCGACUGCGCAACUUAUUCUCUGCCACCUUCCCUACACGCCAGAAGAAAGAGACAGAUGAGCGGCAGGCCCAGCUGCAGAAGGUAAAGCAGUAUGAAUUGGAGUUCCUUGAGGAACUUCUAAAGCCACCAAGCCAAGGGGAGCUCCCAGGCACAGAGUACCUGCAACCUCCAGCACCUGGUCGCUGUAGCUGCCAGCUACGCAGUAGCCCUGUUCAGCAAGGACCUGGCAUGUCUCGUGAACAGAGACGCAGCUGUGACUGCAAGCGCAUCUGCCGAGGGGGACGGCCUCAAGCUGCCCAGACCCCAGUGCCUGGCCUCCGGGAGAGGGAGAAGGUCCCCCCUACCCAGAGGCAGCCAGAGGCUGGCCCAGGUUUGAGCCUUGGUAGUCCCAUUAAUAUCCAGCGCAUCCGUUCCACCAGCCUGGAGUCCCGUGAGUGCCGGUCAGACCCUGAGAGUGGCGUUUCUUGUCUGGCCACAUGUGCCUCAGGGGGUGAGUGUUUGGGAGAUCCCAACUACAGGAAACUGAUGCGCCGCUACAGUAUCAGCGAGCUGGACCAGGGUGACAGUGCCUCACUGACCUCAGAUGUCUACCCGCACCCACCCUUGGGAAUGCUGCCUAGAGAGGUCAAGGAGAUAGAUACAGGCCUCCCACUAGUCUUGGGUCCAAAAGGCAGGUGUGCAGAGUCACCAACUCUAGGAGACCCCUCCUACGUCCAAGUGGCCCCUGAGAGCAAGGGCCCCAGGCAGAUGGCUGUGUUUUCACUGCCAGAGGAGGUGUACCGGAGGCCAGCUGAUCUAGAUGAGGACAGUGAGAGUAGCAAGUGCUGUUCCAUCCGCUACUGCUUCUAUUACCGCAAGUGUGACAUGGCCGAUGAUGCCAGUGAUGGCAAGGAUGAGCUCUCCUAUUCCAUCCCCAUGAAGAUUCUGCCUGGCAUGAAGUUGGAUGAGCAGGUGGUGCCUGUGGUGAGCAGAACCCUGCAAGUACUGGAUGCUGCCACCUGCAGCAGCAGCCCGGAGGCCUCCCACACCCAGGAGAUCGACCUUCGGGUUUCCACCUUUGAGGGGAGCCUGGCUAAAAUCAAUGCGCUACGGGCCCAUGCUUAUGGCCUCCCUGAUGGCUUCCUGGCUGCCCGUCUGGACACCAAUGAGCUGCUGACCGUCUUGCGGCAGUGUGUGGCCAGCCCCGAGGCCCGUGCCCCCAAGCCCUAUGUCUCUCAGAUUUCUGAGUACAAGCUUGAGCUAGCUCUCAAGUUCAAGGAGCUCCGGGCCUCCUGCCGCCGAGUAGCCAACGUGGACAAGAGCCCGACUCACAUGCUGGCAGCCAUCACAGGCAGCUUCCAGGUGCUGAGCAGCCUCAUUGAGACCUUUGUGCGGCUGGUGUUCAUCGUGCGUUCUGAGGCCCAGCGCCAGGAGCUGCUGGCCAAAGUAGAAGAGGUAGUGAGGAAUUACACCUUCCUGCUGCGUGCCGCUGAGGAGUCCACAGCCCGGAACCUUAACCAGCAGCAGCAGCAGCAGCAGCAGCAGCAGCAGCAGCAGCAACAGCAACAGCAACAACAGCAGCAUCAGCAGCAGCCGCAACCGCUGCCACCGCUGCAGCUGCCAGCAGCCACAGGGCACCCACCAGGCUCCCCAUCAUCGACUGUUAUGAGCACAUUCACACACUCCUUAAAAACCUUUAUUAAGUAGGGCACUUGCCCAGGCUUGUCCCCUCCCCAUCCGUGGCCCCAAGUUUGAGCUUUGUGGUCUUUGCAUUCUCGUGGUGAGUGUGUGUGUCUGCUGGGCCAGUCAGGGUCCAAUAGCCUAACAGUCUCCAAGGAGUAAAAAAGCUCCCUAGACUAAGGCUCUCUAUUAAGGGCUGCAGGCUUAGCUGCCGCCCUGGGUGUCUUCACCCCUUACUGGCCUCUGGGCGUCACUGUGAGGGCAAAGGCCCCUCGCCAUUACGCCCACCACAGAACUGUCUUUUCUCUCUUCUCUGGGGCUGAUAGGUGACAUCAGGUUCACCUUCCGCUCUGAGCUGGGCACGGGAGGAGCCAGGACCUCGAGCUCCUCCUAGCAUCUGCUGCCCCACGGAGGGCAGUGGCAGCAACAGUAGGCCACAGCGCCGAGCCAAGGAGAGAGGGCGCUCGUUCCGUACGCGCCCACCCACCAUGGGUUCCCUUGUAGCUGGCAGGAGCCACCUCAAGGGCCAGUGCCCAG